AUGUCAUCGUCGCUGGAGGCCAAAAUCGUUGUGCUCGGCGCUCAGGGCGUCGGCAAGACAUCCCUGGUGAUGCGCUACUGCAAGGGCGCCUUUGUGCCGUCGCAAAUCACAUCAACCGUCGGCGCGAGCUUCUUGACCAAACGCGUCAUCGACACCGACACAGACACAAUUGUGCGGCUGCAAAUAUGGGAUACCGCCGGUCAGGAACGCUUCCGCUCCAUCUCGCGCCUCUACUACCGCGGGGCAAACGCCUGUAUCCUCUGCUACUCCAUCACCGACGCCGCCUCGUUCGCCGAGAUGGGUAUCUGGCUGACCGAGCUGCGCCGCAACCUGCCGCCCGACAUUGUAUUGCACGUGGUGGGCACCAAGGCCGACAUCGUCGCGCGCGACCCCUCCCGCCGCGAAGUGCCCUUCGAGCGCUGCAUCGCCUACGUGGCCGAGAACCUCAACCCGGGCAUGGGCUCCACCCCGCCCCCGACAGCCGGCGCUGGGUUCGAUAAUAAUAACAGCAGCAGUCAGGGUCAGGGGAACGGUCACGGCCAGGGCCAACAAUCGACAUCUCAGGGCUCGACGCCGCAGACCUGGCUGCUACACGGCAGCGGCGGCGGCAUGGAACCGCGCAGCCCUUCCAGCAAGCGGUCGUCCGGGUUCUGGGGCCAAGAGGUCGGGUGGGACGCGUGCCACGAAAUCUCGGCCGAGUCGGGCGAGGGCGUGGAAGAGGUGUUUCGGGUCGUGACGCGCAAGCUGGUGGAGCAGAACCGCAAGAUGCAGGCGGCGCUGCUGGCGGCCGCGGGCUCGUCGGGGGGCGGGUUGGACACGCCGGGUACGGGCGGCGGCAGUGGCGGCGACGGCUCGGGGGGUUACUUUGACGGAGCCAACGCGCGGGGCAGUUUCCGCGUCGGGAGGGACAGGCGCAGCUGGUUGUUCUCGCCCGGGUUCUCGCCGGUCAUCGGCGGCGGCACGGUGGCGGAGGAGGAUGAGUUCGCGCAGGACGGGGACGGGAGGGCGAGGAAGAGAGGAUGCUGCUAG